GGGGCGGCCCCGCCGGGCCCGGGGCUGUGGGGCAGGACGGGCCGGGGCCGCGCCGGUUCCUCAUUUCCCUCAGCGCUCCGCGCCGGCCCCGGGCGGCGAUGGACCACGAGCGCAGCAAGGCGCUGCUGCGGGAGCUGCAGAGGGCGAGCGGCACCGGCAACGACCGCUGCGCCGACUGCGGGCGGCCAGGUCCAGAGUGGGCUUCUUACAAACUUGGAAUACUGGUUUGUGUGAAUUGCUCUGGAAUCCAUCGCAAUCUUCCUGGCAUCACCAGGGUCAAAUCCCUUGUGCUGGACUUCUGGGAGAACGAUCUUAUAGAGUUUAUGAAGAAUCAUGGGAACCUCUGUGCCAAAGCAAAAUAUGAGGCCAAAGUCCCUCCCUACUAUUACAUCCCCCACUCUGAUGACUGUGUGGUUUUAAGAGAGCAGUGGAUUAGAGCUAAAUAUGAGCGUGAGGAAUUUGUUGCCACCCGAGUCUGCCAAGAUCCUUGUUCUGCAGAGAACCGUGAAGGAUUCCUCUGGAAGCUUGGGCAGGGACGCAGACAAUUCCACAAGAGGAAAUUUCUCCUGUCAGCAAGGGAAGGGGUGAUGAAGUACUACGGCAAAGAAAGCACAGUUCCCAAAGCUGUUAUCAGCGUGGAGACUCUGAAUGCAAUGUUCCAGGAAUGGAAAAUAGGACAUUCCCAUGGGCUGCAGAUCACCUACAGCACAGAUGGGCAAACAAGGAACCUGUUUGUCUAUCACGAAAGUGGAAAGGAGAUUGUUGACUGGUUCAACGCUAUCCGGGCAGCACGUUACCAUUACCUCAGAACAGCCUUCCCAAAUGUCCCUGAGCACGAGCUCAUACCCAGGAUCACAAGAAAUUUUGUCAAAGAAGGAUAUAUGGAGAAAACAGGACCAAAACACAAGGAGGCCUUUAAGGGACGCUGGUUCAGCCUGGAUUCUCAAGAAAGGAACCUGAUGUACUUUAAAAACCCGCUGGAUGAGUUUGCACGGGGCCAGAUUUUUAUUGGAAGGAGGGAUGAGGGGUAUGAAGUACGACCUGAGCUGCCCAAGGGAAUCCGUCUGAAGAAGAGGAAACCAAGUAUCAUUCUGGUCACACCAGGGAGAGAGUUUGUGUUUUUAUGUGAUAACGACGAGAAGCAGAAGGAGUGGAUUGAGGCCUUGGACGGAGUCAUCUCCCAGAACUGAUGUCCACAGGGAGGAGCAGAGUCAGGCAGCUACAUCCCAUCUGGCUGCAGCUCCUGUCCACACAGGGACAGGAUUGUUUUCAGCAGAGUGGGUUGAAUGUCUCUUACCCUGGCACAAUAAAAAAAAUACAAGUCAAGUU